CCUUUGUGUGACUGACUGCAGAGCCAACUAGCUCGAGACUAGCAAGCAAACGGCUAGCCUCAAACAUUUAGACGCCACAGAGGUAGCUAGCAGGUUAGCUAGUGCAGCUAAUCAUGGUGAAUGUAAAGAAGCGGAAAGGUCGAGUCGUGAUUGACUCUGACUCCGAAGACAGUGCUAGCGACGAUAAUUUAGAUCAGGAGCUCCUGUCUUUGGCAAAGAGGAAGAGGGUUGAUUCUGGUGAUCAGGAAGAGCCGGUCAGCAAACCUGCAGCUUCUACAGACUCCGAGACAUCCGAUAGUGACGAUGAGUGGACCGUGGGUGGCACCAAAGGCAAGAAGAAGGUUAAACCAGGGAAAGGGUCUGACAAGAAGAAUGUGACAAAGAAGAAGGUUAAUAAAGCAACGGCGUCUGGCAGCUCAAAUGGAGACAGCUCAGCUGAGAGCUCUGCACCAGAGGAGGGCGAGGUGUCUGAUUCCGAGAGCAACAGCUCAUCCUCCAGCUCCGACUCGGACUCCUCUGAGGACGAGGUGUUCCAGGACGGUUACGAUGACGACUUGAUGGGAGACGCGGAGGACAGAGCUCGCCUGGAGCAGAUGACGGAGAAAGAGAGAGAGCAAGAGCUGUUCAACAGAAUCGAAAAGAGAGAGGUGCUAAAGAGACGUUUUGAAAUCAAGAAAAAGCUGAAGACGGCAAAGAAGAAGGAUAAAGAGGAGAAGAAAAAGAAGCAGGAGGAAGAGCAAGAAAAGAGGAAGCUAUCUCAGAUUCCAGAUACACAAGUGGUUAUGUCACACAACAAGGAGAGACGAUCCAAACGCGACGAAAAACUUGACAAAAAGUCUCAGGCCAUGGAAGAGCUCAAAGCUGAGCGCGAGAAGAAGAAAAACAAAACAGCGGAACUGUUGGCCAAACGCCAGCCCCUGAAGACCAGCGAGGUUUACUCUGACGAUGAGGAGGAAGAGGAGGAAGACGAUGACAAAUCAUCCGUCAAAAGUGACCGGAGUUCCCGUUCAUCGUCUUACGAUGACGACGAUAAAGAAGAAACUCCACCCAAGUCGCAGCCUGUUUCACUACCCGAUGAGCUCAACAGGGUCCGCCUGUCCCGACACAAGCUGGAGCGCUGGUGCCACAUGCCCUUCUUUACUAAGACCGUGACCGGCUGCUUUGUGAGGAUAGGGAUCGGGAACAGCAGCAGCAAACCAGUUUACAGGGUUGCUGAAAUUGUGGACGUGGUAGAGACGGCGAAGGUUUACCAACUUGGAACAACGCGAACAAACAAGGGAUUACAGUUAAGGCAUGGCGGUGACACACGGGUGUUCAGGCUCGAGUUUGUAUCAAAUCAGGAGUUCAUGGAAAAUGAGUUCAUGAAGUGGAAAGAGGCGAUGAUUGUUGCUGGAAUGCAGGUACCAACUCUUGACGAGAUCACCAAAAAGGAGCAGUCCAUCAAAGAAGCUCUGAACCACAAGUUCAAUGACAAAGACAUAGAGGAUAUUGUAAAAGAGAAGGACAGAUUCCGAAAAGCGCCACCGAAUUAUGCCAUGAAGAAAACGCAGUUACUCAAAGACAAGGCCAUGGCAGAAGAGAUAGGAGAUGGUGACAGAGUGAAAGCGAUCCAGGAUGAGCUAAACGAGCUUGAGGAAAGGGCCGAGGCUCUGGACAGACAAAGGACCAAGAGCAUCUCUGCCAUCAGCUACAUCAAUCAGAGGAACAGAAGCUGGAACAUCGUUGAAUCUGAGAAAGCUCUUGUGCUUGAAGGACAAAAAAAUGCCAAAAACCAACAAAUGGACCCUUUCACACGAAGACAGUGCAAACCCACCAUGGUGUCUAAUGCCAGAGACCCUUCAGUCCACGCAGCUAUUCUUGCUCACCUGAACCAGAAGUACGGCUCUGGGUCGGCAACGGACGCUUCUGGCGCUGACAUAAACGAACUGGGUCAACUAAACUCAAAAGACAAAGAUGGCCCCAAGCCGAACACUGACCUUUCAGAGGACUUGUUUAAAGUUCAUGAUUUUGACGUUAAGAUUGACCUACAGGUUCCCAAUGCAGAGGCGAAGUCUUUGUCCGUGAGCUCCAACGCGUUGCCAGUGAAGGACGGAGCUCCUCGCAGGUCCCUCAAUCUGGAAGACUACAAGAAGAGGAGGGGCCUGAUCUGAUGUGGUAGUCCGUCAUUCAGUGACGGACUACAAGAAGAGGAGGGGCCUGAUCUGAUGUGGUAGUCCGUCAUUCAGUGACCACAUUGCAUGUGUAAUUGACUGUGCAAGAGGGAGCGAGAGAGAGAGUGUGUGUGUGUUUCUGUGUGUGUGUUCGUGUAUAUGUGUGUGGUUGAGAGAGUGGGUGGGUGUGUGAGUGACUCCCAGAGGAUGUAUGUUUGAAUGUUGAUACAGACUGUUUAUCUGAACACAGAGGAAAUACUGAUUGAGCAAAGAUAACAUUUUUCUCAAAGGAUCUCUCGGAGGAAACUUGUCCAGAUAUUUGUUGUUUUGUUAUUUUUGCAUUAUCACACACAAACUUGUUUAUUGAGUUGUGUUUUUUUUAUGUAUUUAACUUCUUCCCCCCCUUUUUUUGGGAUCUUCUGGCGCCCACUCCAUUUUUUUUAUUUGUUUUUCCUGAAAGGACAAAGCGCUUCAUUACCUUGAACAAGGACACUAUGCUAGAAGACUUAGAUUGUUGAGGUAUUUUGAAAUGACUGGACUGGAUAUCUAUUGGAGCUGACCAGCUUGACCUCAACAAUAGAUUUACUGUCCAAAAUCUUUUCCCCGCUAUAUGUGUGAUCAUCUGCUCUGCCCCUUCCAUCCUGAUUUUUUUUUAACAGCCUUGUGAGUUUUGUUUUUGUUUUGCGGAGUGUAGAUGAUCACUAUCUCUGAUGCGACCGUGGCUCUGGCCCUCCAUGACAAAUGUGAAACGUUCUGGACAUUUAUCACUUUUUUUAAGUCUUUGAAACGACUCUAUUUCAGAGGAACCCUUUUCUAUGACUGGUUAUAAAAGUGUUGCUUCCUUUCUGUUAUCUCUUUGUUGGUUGUUCAUUGGAUAACUCUUCCUGCCCUAAACUCCCAGAGCAGAUUCUAUGUGUUAUCGAUUGUGUCCAUAGUCAGUUCCUGUAUUGAUGUGGCAUGCCAUGUAAAUAUGCAUUUUGGAGUGAGUGCGGGAAAUAAAUAAAGAGGCACUGUUUCAUAA